UCGAACAGGAAUAAGCAAAUCGUGACAACCAGUUACAACAUAAACGACUUUUCUUUACCAAAUACUCCCAGGUAGAGGGAGGAAGUUGUUGCAACGCCUGUUCCCGUUGUAAGAGUUUAAGUUGGCUGGUAAAUCUAUAGAAGUGGAAUUAAAUUGUCUAUCCACGCCAUUUGCCUCACUGUGAUACGUUUUGAAGGUUGCUAGCACGAAGCUAACCCGUCAGGAGGAAAGGACCUGUCAGAAAGAUGGACAGUGAAAUCCAGCGAGACGGGAGAAUCCUGGACCUUACUGAUGAUGCCUGGAGGGAAGACAGGCUGCCCUAUGAGGAUGUCACCAUCCCUCUGAGCGAGCUACCGGAGGCAGAGCAAGACAAUGGAGGAUCCACAGAGUCUGUGAAAGAGCAAGAGAUGAAGUGGACGGACCUGGCCCUGCAGAGCCUGCAUGAAAACACACCGAGCACUGGGAGCUAAUAAGACUCGGCUGGAUUAAGACUUAAGUGUGAAAAUGCAUACAUAUGGAUCCUGGAUUUAGACAAAAUUUGAACUUUAUUUGGCAUCGUUUUGAAGAAAGUGUAGUUUUGGAUAAACUGUGAAUAAUGCAUUUGGAUUCACUUUAUUUUGUAUUCUUUAUAAAUAAAAAAUAGCUUGGUAUUUAA